UUUGCAGAUCAACACAAGUCAGAAGAUUUCUCUAACUGGAACAUUACUCUGGUAAAUUCUGCUCUGCCGCUUGCCAUUUUUGUUAUCAACAAUGACAUCCCUUCAUUAUCAUAUUCUUCUUCUUCUUCAAUGCUUCUCAUUUUAUCACUUCUGUCUGCAACCCUUCCUUUCCUCUGCAUUUCCUCUGCUUUUUCUCUCAUGGAUUCCAAGAAAGAAUUCCCACCCUCUCCACCUUACACACCACCACCACCUCAUCCAACUUCCACUCCUCCUGCCACUAACAUUGGACUCAUCUCAGGUGUCAUUGCUGCUGGUGUAGUCAUUCUUAUCAUCUUGUUAAUUGGUUGGAUACUAAUGUACAGGAGAAGAAGAUUUAUAACAAAACAGAAGGAGCUCAGUGAAAACACGGCAGCCACUACAAAUGAUGUCGCAACAACAUCAGACAUAAUAGCAAGAACAGAGUAUCAGUACCUUCUCAGUCUCUCUGAAGUGGAAGAAAGCACCAAUUAUUUUGAUGAAUCUCUAGUCAUUGGAAUAGGAGGAUUCGGCAAAGUGUAUAGGGGAGAAUUGAGGGAUGGAAGAAAGGUGGCGGUAAAGAGAGGGAGUAGAACUUCUCAUCAGGGCAUCCAAGAGUUUAGGGCUGAAAUCGAAACCCUAUUUAAAUUUCGCCAUGGGAAUUUAGUGUCAUUGAUCGGUUACUGCGACCAGAAUCAAGAGUUAAUUUUGGUUUAUGAGUUUGUUGAAAAAGGAACUUUGAGAAGUCAUUUGUAUGGCGCUGGUCUUCAAAGUUUAUCAUGGAAUGAAAGAUUGAAUGUGUGCAUUGGAGCGGCAAAAGGACUCCAUUAUCUACACACGGCUUAUCCUACCGCGGUCAUUCACCGGGACGUGAAAUCAGUGAACAUUUUAUUGGACGGAAAUCUCAAUGCCAAAGUAGGAGACUUUGGCAUAUCAAGAACGGGUCCCAGUGUCCAUGAGACGCAUGUCAGCACCGGUGUCAAGGGAACGUUUGGAUACCUGGAUCCCGAGUAUUUUAUGCGAGAGCAACUUACGGAAAAAUCUGAUGUUUAUUCAUUUGGAGUAGUCCUCAUUGAAAUACUCUGUGCUAGGCCGGUCAUCGAUCCAUCACUUCCUAGUGGUGCCAUCAAUUUGAAAGAUUGGGCGAUCAAUUAUAUUCAUAAAGGGCAGUGGGAUCAAAUCAUCGAUCCACAUUUGAUUAUAGGGGAUAUCAAUCCUGAUUCCCUAAAGAGGUUUAUGGAAACGGCGGUAAGAUGCGUUGCAGAUGGCGGUGCUGACAGACCCUCCAUGAGGGAUGUUUUGUGGAAUUUGGAGUGUUGUCUUCAAUUUCAAGAAGCUGCUCUUCAUGGUUCGGCUGCCGAAGAUAAUUCCGACAGUAUAGUGGAACUUGCUACACAAUAUGCAACAGCUGAUUUUUCUUUGACAAGAGUGUUCUCGGGGUUGGUAAUAUCGGAUGAGGGUCCCGAAAGGGGAAGAGGCCUUGGACGUGGUCGUGAUGCUGCGGUUCAAUGUUCAGCUGCGGAAGAUAAUUCAGACAUCAUAGUGGAACUUGCUCCAUUAAAUGCAACAAUUUCUUCUUCCGCUUCUGCGAAUAUCCAGGACUCACCUGAUUUUAUGUGAAGUUACUUUUCUUGUUUUUUUAUUUUAUUUUUAAAUUAGUACAAUAUUCAAUAUUUCUGCUUGUUUUAUUCACGACAACUAUAUUGAAUCAGUAUUGUAAUUUCAAUAGCCUCGGAUUUAAAUUAUAAGUUUUACAUGACAUUUGAUGGUUGUGUUGGUGCUGAUGUUUCCCUUCCAUUCCAUUAGCUGCUUUUGUUUUAGUUACUGUAAAA